AUGCUCACAUCUAGAUCCAGCUUCUCUACAGACUCCGACAUAUUCGUUUUCCUCGACCUAUGCACAACAGUAAUUCAAGCUUCAGCUUUGUAUGACCUCGCAAAGUCGUCCAAUGCCUCAACAUCGCGAUCAUGUAAAGUUGUUCCUUCUGACACAGAAUGGCCCAGCGACUUGGAAUGGACGAGGCUCAACGAGACCAUCAAAGGCACCUUAAUCAAAACUCUUCCAGUCGCUUCGUCGUGCUACAGCAACAAUUCUUCCGAGACUGAGCUAUCGUGUACAUACGUCGAGGAGAACUGGGGAUAUUCAGCAUUUCAUGCAAGUAUUCCAGAGUCAGUCAACUAUCCGAUUUGGGCCAAUAAUUCUUGUCUCCCUCCCAAUACAACCGGAUAUACCCAGGACGUCGGUUGCCACGUUGGCGGAUACCCAUCCUAUGUCGUCAAUGCAACAACCGAUGUCCACAUUGCAACCGCUAUGCAAUGGGCAGCGGCACGGAAUAUUCGUAUCGUCAUCAAGGGCACUGGUCAUGAUCUGAACGGAAGGUCCACUGGUGCAAAUGCAUUGUCUAUCUGGACAAAGAAUCUGAAUUAUUUGUCGCACGAUGCCCAAUGGUUUAUUCCCGGUCAGAAUACAACGGCAGAUGUCAUCAUCGCCGGGAGUGGCAACAACUGGGACUCAACACUGCACUUCGCCCUCGAACGCGGUCGUGUCCUUGUCAGUGGUGUGGACAAGACAGUGGGCCUCGGCGGGUAUAUUCAGGGUGGUGGCCAUGGCCCGUUUUCGUCCACAUAUGGCCUUUCCGCAGAUAAUGUGUUGCAGGCUACUGUUGUCACCACCACAGGUGAUAUCCUCACAUGCAAUGCUGCCGAGAAUGUCGACUUGUUCUGGGCAAUUCGUGGCGGAGGAGGUGGACAAUAUGGCGUUGUCACGGAAUAUAUCAUGUUGUCCCACCCUCAGCCUUCAACUAUUAUAGCUACGAGUGUGUCCAUCACAGCUGGCAACAUGUCUGAUUUCCGGGAUGUCACAGUGAACGCCACUUGGGAUGCAUUUGCCCACCUGAUGGCCAACAUGCCAGACCUCAUGGAUGGGGGUAUCACCGGUAGUGGACUUGCCGUAACUGGAAGAUCUGCGAAAUCAAUCCUGAGCCUAACCUCAGUACCACCGGGCGUUAUCACAUCGAUGAGUUUCUGGGGCUAUAACAUUACGACGGAGGCGCUCAAGGAUAUCCUACAACACGUUCGGGAUGACUACAUGGCACAGUUUGGCAACAUGAGUUCUCUCAUCAACUACUCUAUCUCGGAGCCAACUGUAACGGCAAACUUCACAACAUUCUUUGACAACAUAAAUGCGUCUCCCAGUGUGGCCGGUCAAGUGAACUUGGGCUCUAGUCGUCUCCUCGGCCGAGCCGAGCUCGUUGAUCACUCUAUCUCAAACGUACGCCAGUAUCUUGAGAAAAUUUUGGCAUCUCAGAUUGAGGGAUCAGGCAGCAUGCUCACAAUUGGCUUGCAGGGCGGACCAGGACCACGGAAUGUGCCGGCAUGGCGGCAGGGCGCCGUGAACCCCAUCUGGCGAGAGGUAUAUGUGCACGCAUUGGCGGGAGGGUCCAAUGUGAACACAACAAAUGCGACACCGAGCGGAGCUUUACACAAAGCGGCUGAUUGGCUUGAGACCAACAAGGAAGCCGUCUGGCGAGAUUGGGCGCCGGACACAGGCGCCUACAUGAAUGAAGCAAACCCCUUCAACGGCCAGUGGCAACACGACUACUACGGAUCGAGCUACCAACGGUUGGUAGAGAUAAAAAAGAGGUACGAUCCGAGUUAUAGUCUGUUCGUGUGGAGUGGUGUAAGUAGUGACGAAUGGCAGUACGAUAUGGAUACAGGCAAGCUCUGCCGCCAGACUUGA